AUGUCCCGCAAGCUCUGCAUCACCGCCGCCGACGGCCAGACGGGCCACCUCAUCGCCGAGCUCAUCCUCACCGACGAGGCGUUCUCCGGUAAGAUCAAGGAGCUCACCUGCCUCGCGCUGCAUCCCGACAAAUGCGAGGACCUCGCCGAGCUCGGCGCGAAGGUCGUCCCGCACAAGCCCGGCGACGUCAAGGGCCUCACGAAGAGCCUCAAGGACUCGGGCGCGGACACGAUUCUCUUGAUCCCGCCCGCGCACAAGAAUAAACUCAAGCUCGCGCAGGAGAUGAUAACCGCGACGCGCGAGGCGGGCGUGAAGAAUACCGUCCUGCUAAGCUCCGCUGCCGCGGAUUUGGCGGACGAGGAUAAACAUCCGCGGUUGAGAGAGUUCAUUAAGAUCGAAGCCUUGUUUAUGGAGGCCAAGGGUCUGACUACGACAGAGGCAGGCCAUUCGCCGGUCAUCAUCCGUGCGGGGUUCUACGCCGAGAACCUCCUUCUUUACAACAAGGAUGCGCAAAAGAACGGAAAGCUCCGUCUACCAAUCGGCCCAACGCAUAAGUUUGCUCCGGUUGCACUAGGUGACAUUGCUCAGGUCGCUGCUCACGUCCUAACGGGCGAAGGCCCGCAGGGUCUUAACGACAAGCAUCGCGGUCAGCUAAUCAUUUUGACUGGGCCUAUGAUGACCAGCGGGACGGAGUUGGCCGAGGCGGCAAAGCAGGCUGGUCUGAAUCUCGAAUUUGAAGAUAUCUCUCCAGAGGAAGCAAAGGAAAUCCUAGAUGCUGACACCGACGUCGACGAAUCUGAGAAGGAGUAUCUGCUAGAGUACUACUCCCUGGUUCGGGAAGGCAAAACCAACUACGUGUCGACUCUGGCCUACUACGCCAUUACGGGCGAGCAACCGACGGAGCCUCCAGAUUUCUGGAAGAUCUAUGAUGCUGAGUUCAAGCCCAAGAGGCGCCGCCUGAGGAAGUAGAUAAGAAUACGACGGACUCACGCGUGUGGACGUUUACGCUCUCCGUAAAAAGAUUAUGUAUUUUUAAUGUAUACCGUUGAGUGUACUCUAGUUGUCAAUCGGUUGUCCUG